UUAUUACUGAAGCAGUUAACUGUCAGACAGUGAAGGGAUCUGUAUGGACUAUGUAUCCGCGUAUCAACCCAUCACGACAUCCGCAGCAACGUAAGCGGUGUCUAAGCCAUCGAAGCUGUUAAGGAAGAACCUAUCCUAGCUAUCCCACCAGUCCCGAGUCGUCAAAAUUACCCACCGUCUUAUCCAAACUCGUGGGGCUUAUCCGAGCACCGUAAAGCUCUCCAACGGUUAACCAGCUUUGUGCCUGCGCCCCCCAAGAUGAUCGGCCUCCGCCAUUGAGAACGCAUCAUCUCCAGUACCAUAUCGGAUUUGGAGGGAAACCCGUUUCAUAUCUAUAUACUUGCCCAGAUGCUCAUCGUCAAAUUAUUUACUUUCCAAUACCACGCGGCGCAAAUUGGAUCUCAUAGACCUUCUGCAUAGUGACGACCCCAAAAGAGCCGUCGACUACUAGAAGCGAUCUUUUCACAUCCUGAAUUAGAUACCGCUCCCAGGGCCGUUCAAGGCUGAAUCGAAAGGUGUGGGAGGCGAUUCAUCUAUUUCUUAAGUAGGUAUGUAACAUUCUUCACCCCGCUUCGCGAGGCACAUAUAUGAAUGUGUCUCCCAUCAAUUUGGACCCUACAGCCCGUAUUGGAUACCCCCCCUCAUUCCCUAGAUCUCGGAUCGCGCACUUCGCCGUCGAGUUUCGCCCCGAUGUGAAUCAUGGCUAGAAUGACUGACCCAGGGCCCACAGCCGGCUAUCCGUCGCCUCCGACGCAUUAUUCUCCGUCUGAUCACAAGCCUUCAUUGGGAUCGCUCUACGAACACGUAUCGAUGUCGUCUUCCUCCUCGCCCCAGAACUCCAAUAACGGCGCACAGCCCGACAAGGGGGGUCCGCUCUCGUCGCUCAACCUCAACUUCCUCAAAUCUCUCAACGAUAAGAAGACAACCCGCGAUGGAAACCCGCCCAAGCGACGAGGACCCAAACCCGACAGCAAACCGGCAUUAACAAGACGCCAAGAAUUGAACCGCCAAGCGCAAAGGACGCACCGAGAACGUAAAGAAUUGUAUAUAAAGGCUCUGGAAGACGAGGUGCUGCGGUUGAAGGAAAUAUAUAGCAACGUCUCACAAGACAAGGAUAAGCUUGCCGAGGAGAACAGGCAGCUGAAGACGCUACUGCGGCAGAACGGCGUCUCGCUCGGGUCGGGAGCCGGCAUAGACGACGUCGCCAGCGGUCUGAGCCCUGGGUACACGUCGAGCGGAAGCAUCUCGGGCAGCUACGCACCCGGAAGUUCCAACACUGCGUACACGCCGCCCCUGACGUCGAUGUCGAGCCCCCCCUCCAUGUCCGUGUCUUCCCAGGGCCAGCAGCGCCAGCAACAACCCGGUCAGAAUCGCGUGGAUUACGAGCAAGCUGGGAUAGAUUUCGUCUUAACGCUGGAGAGACCCUGCAUGGACCACAUGCCGUGGCUGAUAGAGCGGGCGCAGGACACGAGCGGCGACGCCUGCGGCCACGCGCUGAUGGCCUCGUGCCCGCCGGAGCCCUUUCCCGAGCUGAGCGACGAGAUCCCGUUCGGGUACGCGCACACCCACGCCAUCGGCAAAGGGGGGGACAACCCGAUCCAAUCGACCCAGCAGACCUGGGAGCUGUCCAAGGGCGACCUGACCACCCUGCUCCACCUCAGCAAGAAGCUCGACCUCGACGGCGAGAUCACCCCCGUCAUGGCUUGGGGUAUGGUUCUCGCCCACCCGAGACUGACGGACUUGAAGAGAGAGGACUUUGAGAGAUUGACCGACGAUCUCAAGGGGAAAGUCCGUUGUUACGGGUACGUAUCGUGACCUCUUCCUUGUCUAUAUAUAAAAGUCGCACAUGCUAACUAUCCCCCAGGUUCGGGGCCGUGAUGGAAGAGUUCGAGGUAAGGGACGCUCUGAACGCCGUCUUCUCUGCGAAGCCAGAGAUGACUAUGGGUUUGGCUUUUUAGGCAACAGACCACUUUGGGCCUCGCCGUGUUUGUUGUUCCGUUAGGUGGUACCUUAUACAAUUAGUGUGAUAAUUACGAUGCGGGUGUAGCAAUGGUGACGACGGUUAUGAUGAUGGGAGGGGUUAUGAUUGUUGGGCGUUAGAUCAUUUAGAUAUAUGUACCUAUGUAUGUGUUACAUAUGACGAAUUAAAAUCAUGUUUCAUAGUAUUGCAAUUGAGCAAGCGCUAUUCA